AUGCAUACCCCAGAGACACGAAUCCUCUCCACACUGGUGGAAUCCCUAGAUUGCACAAGCGCAAGAAACGAUGACAUAAACCUAACGUUCGAUUUAAAACCCCGAGCCGAUGGGCUCGCUCACGUCGUCGACUGUCAGAGUUGGAUCGAACUUAGUAUACCCGAUAAUGUGGGGACAACGGUAGAAAUACCGUUUGUUAGACCCAAUCAGUUCCCGGGUAAUGGCCCACCAUCGGUGUUGAUGACCAUCAACGGCCGAGCAGCAAACGGUACCCGAACCGACCUGUUAAAAGCCGUAGUACCGGUUCUGGUCUUCGACACCUACUACAUCUGUCCAAAGUUCACAAACGACCAAGGAUCGGUCUGUACCGCCCCAACAGACCAAAAAUCCGGGAAUAUAACCGGGUUAUACAUGGGUGUUGGAUUCGGUCGAGAGCAAGAUGGGAUGAUUAUGUGUACACCUGAUAAAAACCCACUGUUGAACGUGUACGAAGUCAACGGGCAGAAUGUCGCGGGACCGAAUAAUCUUAAUAAAUAUCAUCUUGGCUACAUCGUUCGAUCCGACUCUCUCGUCUGGGGCCUCACCCCAACAAACAUAAACGGCUUCAGAUGGGUGUCCCUCCAAAAGCAACCGAACGCAACAGACUAUCGCGACUGGGCAAUGGCCACCCUCCAAGUCUCAAUAAACAACGGAAAAUUCCGCAGCGGCUCAAUAUUAGCAGAUACAGGUGUCACACAGAUGUACCUAUCGUCACCAGACGUACCGAAACCCAUCCCCCCUUCUUAUAAGAUAAACUUAAAGAUUCCGGAUAUACAAGGUUCAUUGGGAGGAUAUGUGGUUACGGCGAAGAGAGUGGGGGGGAAUGCAACCGCUGGCUCUUCGGUACCAGGAACGGCACCGGCUUAUGUUGGAGGUACGAAUACGGCGGGGAUUGUUAGUGGGCCUGGGGGAGGGGUUUAUGAACGAGUAUUUGUGAAUACGGGGAGUAGAUUUUGGAAUGGAUUCGAGGCGGCGUUUGAUGCUGCUGGAGGUCAUUGGGGGGUUUUAGAGAAAUCAACCUCAUGA